AAGAAAAAAAAAAAUCACACAAUAUGAAUUAAUGACAAAUUAUUUAUCAACAAAAUCGGUCAACGUAUUGAAGGAGAAGCCCCUAGCUGGCUAGCCGCAGAUGUCCGAUGAGCAAAAGCUGGCAAGCUUUAUGAGAAAACACAAUGUACAGGAGUCGGUAGCACGUCAGUAUCUGACAGCCAACAACUGGGCGCUGGAGGAGGCGAGCAUCAAGUAUGAGGACGACAAGGCCAAGCAGCGCAGCAGCCAAACCAUACCCCCCGUCCAUGAGUUCCACUCACUGCAGAGCAUGCUGAGCCAUCAGAUACGGCCAGCGGAUGAGCCUGAGGCGUACUUUGGCGGCGCCUCCGACAGCUCCAUGCCGCCGCCGAGUGGCAAAACGCAGUCGAAGCGCGUGAUCAUCGAUGACUCGACGCCGGCGCUGACCACAGCGGACAGCGAUCGCAGUCUGCGUGCCUGGGGCCAUGGCGUGCGGUUGGGCAGCGCCCAUCCCAUUAUUCCGCCGCCGGCACGCGAGUCAAACGCUGGCGUCGACACGGACUCGGACUCAGAGCUGGAGGAGCACGAGCGAACUAUUGUGGUGUUGCACUUGUGGUCCGAGGGCUUCUCGCUGGACAAUGGCACGCUGCGACCGUACGAGGUGCCUGAGAACGAGCGCUUCCUGCGCGCCAUCAUGCGCGGCGACUUCCCGGACGAGAUGCAGGAGCUCGGCCAGCGCAUUGAGCUGAGUGUGAGGGAUCGCACCAACGAAUCGUAUCGCGAAUUGUCGCGCAAACAGUUCAUGGGCUACGGUCGACCGCUGGCCAGUCCGACGCCACAACUCGAGCUGGGCGCACGGCCAAGCCAACUGCUAUCGCCAGAGGAGCGCCAGCAGCGGCACGAAGAUGACGCCCAGCAGACGGUACAGCUAAACGGACAGACUGCCACGACCACAAUACAGUUUCGUCUGGCCAAUGGCAGUCGCGUCGCCGCACGUUUCAACACCUCCCACCAAGUGGGGGAUCUCUACAGCUACCUGCGCACGGCGCGACCCCAAUACGCCGCCGACAGCUUCCUGCUCAUGACUGUCUUCCCACGGCAUGAGCUGCACGAGACCGAUACGCGCACCCUGGCCGAGGCGAAUCUGAUUAAUGUGCUGGUCAUUCAGCACAUGAACGAGGAGUCCGAAUACGUUGAGCCAUCAUCUGAAUCAAAUUAAAUAAGUGAUAAGCCAUAAU